CUUCGUGAACUCACUGUUUAAUUUGUUAGCCUUGUGGACGUCAUUUCCGCGCGCUUCGGUUGGAUCUGUGUAAAUUGGCGGGGUUUCCUACACAGCACUGGAGCAGCCGCGUAUUGUGUCAGAACAGGGAAGUCUACUGAUAAUCUGAACUUUUAAGGAAUCGUCAUGCAGUUCAGUGGAAGAAGACAGAAGAUUGUGCGUCUGACGGGAGACCGGCAAGCUGAUCUUUACCCCCAUAGCCUGCAGUUCUAUGGACAGCCUCCCACUGAAAACAUCUCCCUUUCUGAGUUUGAGACCUUUGCUGUGGACAGGCUAAAACUUCUCAAGACUGUGGAAAACCUUGGAGUGAGUUAUGUGAAAACUUCUGAUCAAUAUGCUACGAAGCUGGAGGGGGAGUUUCGAAAGCUAAAUUUUUCUUUCAGAGUGGAAACAGAUGAAAAGUCAUUGGAUACGGAAUAUGAUAAAAGAAGAAAAGACCACAUCUCUCAUUUUAUUCUUCGCCUUGCAUACUGUCAGACUGAAGACCUGAGGCGUUGGUUUAUUCAGCAGGAGAUGGACCUUUUUAGAUAUAGAUUCCACAUACUGACCAAGGAACCAGCCCAUGACUUUCUGAAAUUCAACAACUUGCACUAUGAAUCGAUAAGUGAUGAAGAAAAGAACACGCUGAAAGAGGAACUUAUCAACUCAAGUUACGGUUUUAGUGCCCCCAAAGUUGAAGACCAUGAUUUUUACAAGGUUCCUUUCCAGGAUGCUCUUGAUCUGGUUCGAGGCCGAAAAGUCUACCUCCGUGAAGGAUUAGCCUACAUCCCCCAUCAGGAAAUUGUUGCAAUAGUCCUGAAUGACUUCCGAACCAGGCUCUCGAAGGCGCUGGCAAUAACAGCGAGAUCCCUGCCGGAAGUGCAGUCUGAUGAGCGUCUCCAGCCCCUUCUUAAUCACCUCAGCCAUGCUUAUGUUGGACAAGAUUACAGCAUUCAGAAGAAUAUUGGAAAAAUCUCAUUGGAACAGAUAGAUCCAUUUUCCACCAAGUCUUAUCCUCUGUGUAUGCGCCACCUUCACAAGGCCCUGCGAGAGAACCACCACCUGCGGCAUGGAGGCCGCAUGCAGUACGGCCUCUUUCUCAAGGGCAUUGGCUUGACACUGGAGCAGGCCCUGCAAUUCUGGAGAUCCGAGUUCAUCAAGGGCAAAGUGGAUGCUGACAAGUUUGACAAAACGUAUGCCUACAGCAUCCGCCACAGCUUCGGCAAGGAAGGCAAGCGCACUGACUACACUCCCUACAGUUGCAUGAAGAUUAUUCUGUCUAAUCCUCCGAGUCAGGGGGACCAUCAUGGCUGCCCAUUCCGACACAGUGACCCAGAACUGCUGAAGCAGAAGCUGCAGUCAUAUAAGAUCCACACCAAUGGAAUAACCCAGGUCCUGGAUUUAGUCAAGGGGAUGCACUAUCAGCUGGCCUGUCAGAAGUACUUUGAGCUGACACACAGUGUCGAUGAUUGUGGAUUUUCUCUAAACCAUCCAAAUCAGUACUUUGUCGAAAGCCAGAGAAUACUUAAUGGAGGCAGGGAAAUCAAAACAGAAGUGACCCAGAAUGAAACUCCACAACAAAUUCUGACCAACCCAGCCCCAAAAUCAGCCACUGUGCCCGAGGAGAACGCUGCCAAAACCAAAGGUGCCACCAAAGAGGCAGGCUGCAAACGGAAUUGAGGAUUUAGAGGAGUUCUUUCAAUAGUAUGACUGAUUGAUAUCAGAGGCAUUCUGUACUUGCAACCUACAGUUUAACACUCUAAUGAUAUUAGUGAUAUGUACAGUAGGCAUUGGUUUUGUUAUCUUCCUUUCUAAUUUGUUACUUUCAUGCCUUGAUUAUUUUAAUGUUCUCCUGGUAUCAUGCGAAGGGCCCUGUUUGUAUUCAGCAGGUGUGUUUAGUAAUGUGCUUUCCAAUUUGGGCAUCAAAUGCGACAAUGGUUGCUAAGAAUUGAAACCCUUGCCAUUAAGAAAACUUUCAUGAAUUAUUUUCACUCAGUAGGCUGUGUAAUAAAUCUUGGGAGAAGAACAGAAAAGGCAAUUGGGGGGGAAAAAAAAUAAAAGGUUACAUUUUCUAUUGUCUUGCAAGGCUUGCAAUGUACGUUCUUUUUUUCAUUGUAAUAAAAGGAAAAAAAAUCAAA